GAGUGGUAGGGUGAGUGACCUGCGGUGUGGUGGUUGAACGCAGUAUGACGGAUGAGACAAGACAGUGUCUGGCAGUCCGAGUCCUCAAUACGGGAGGACGAUGAUGAUGACGACGAUGAUGACGACGCGGUGAUGGGGCUGGAGGGACACGGGGCCGCGCCUCCUCUUCCCCCUGCUCACCGCGGCGUGAGACUCCUCACUCCUCGCCUUCCUCACCCCUCCUCACCCCUCCUCACCGCCACGUAAGACUUCUCACCCCUGCUCUAAUGAACGCGCCUCUUCGUUUCAAUUAAAGCCGCGUCUCCUCCAGCGCCUCGCGGCUCCUCGAGAAACGCAUUCCAGCCCAGAGGCACAAACAGCGUGCGCAGUCACGGGCAGAACACGCGCUCCCCUCCUCCUCCUCGUCAUACUCCUCCUCGUCAUACUUCCCGGGCCGGACCUGCUGCGGAGCGAGGCGCACGGAGCGGAGAGAGUGAUUUCUGGACUCUGCGGGACAUGGGCUGAGCGUGGAGGUGGUGGAGAGGUACGACCUCGUCCCUGCAUGAAGCGUCAAUCUCGACGUCGCGACUGAAGUGGACUCCUGGACUCCGAGUCUCCUCCGACUUCGGUAUUCAGGUCUCCUCUAGUUCCUGGUUUUUCGUAUUUAGGAUCGUGGUUCUCGAGUUUCUCGUCAUUAUUCUACUGCUCCUUAAUCUGCUGGUGUCUGAUAAUAUCCUGGUCUCCUGGCAUCUGGAUCCUUAACAUCCUAGCCUCUCAUCUCCUUGCCCCUGGAACUGCGACCCCAGCAGCAAUGGUCCCCGCCUGGAGCUGGCGGGUCCUGGCGCUGCUGCUGCUGCUCGUCAGCUGCAUCCCGACCCGGCGAGCAGAGGGGACCCCGCCAGGAGGAGAGGGCACCUUGGAUGCGGAUAUCUGGCCGGGACUGUCUCUGGUCUACUCCGCCUCCCGCUAUUGGCCUCUGGGCCGCGUCCCCGGGCUCCUGGAGGUGCCGCGACCACGUGACCCCACGGGACAAGCUGAGGUGGCCCCCUCGUCUCGUCUCGUGGAGCUCAACGCCACGGCGGAGACCACCGCCAACGGCUCCAGCCGCUACUCCAGCCUGGAGGCCACCGUGGAGCUGGUGGACUGGCCGGAGGGCCGCGGGGUGCUGCUGCUGCGCGGGAGCGGCGCCGCCACCGCGCUGCUGCCGCGCUCGGCGCGGGAGUCGCGGGAGGAGUCGUGCGUCAGCCAGCCGGCACUCUGCUCGCCACGAGGCGUCACGUUGUCUCUCUUCUGGAAGAGGACAGAGCGUGGCUCCCGUGCAGCGCAGCUCUCCUCCUCCUCCUCCGCUUCCUCCUCCUCCUCCUCCACCGCCUCCUCCUCCUCCUCGUCCUUCCCGGGCCACAGGCCGCCCUCCCCGAGCGGCUUCUCGAUCAGCGUGGACCCCGAGCGCGGCUCCGCGGAGAUUCUCGCGUUCGUGGCCGCGUGGAGGUGGCAGGCCGAGGCACGGGGCCCCGGCGCCGUGUGGUCCCACCUGCUCUUCACGUGGAGCCGGGGCUCGGGCCUGCGGGUGUUCGUCAACGGGACCCCCUCGGCCUGGGACCCCCGCGGGGCCCCCUGCAGCGAGCGGUACGGCGCGAGCCCUGGGGGAGGGCUCGUCCUGGCGGCCGGGAGUCCCCCCUCCCCGCUGGGGGCGCCGGCGGGAGACGUCGCGUUUGACGAGGUGAUCGUGUGGGAGAGGAGGCUCACGGCACGCGAGGUCCGGCUGUACUUCACCUCGGCGACUGGAGCGGACGCGUCUCUCGCCGCAAAGCCCGGCGCGACUCUCCCCACCGCGGAGCCCGGCGGCCGAACGUCGCCCCCGGGGGCAUCUCGGGGUCUCCCCGGUGGUUCAGGGCAACUCGGCCAGGAGGGGGCAGCCGCACGGUUGGGGUCGGGGCGUGCCCUGGGGCCCGGGAGGGAUCUGGGACACUUGGGAGCCCUGGUGCCCAAUAUCCCGGACGCUCACGCCAUCAGCCCUGACGUGGCGCGCAACCUCACCCAGAGUUUCCUGGGCUCGGUGGAGGACGUCCUCCUUUCACCAGUGAUGGCGCAGUUCUCACAGGCCGGCUCGGUGGUGAGCGGGCUGCUGCUCACGGUGGACGAGGCGACGAGUCGCGUGGCCUCGCGCCUCGGCUCCUCCUCCUCGGGCGGCCCCAUCACGAUCCGCGGGCGCACCGACUCCGCCGACUUUGCUCUCGUCAAGGUUCCCGGCGCGUGGCACCUGCACGAGUACCGCUUCCCGGCGCACGGCGCCAGCUACAUCUUCAUCCCCGGCACCGCCUUCCCCGCACGCGAGGAGCUCACCAUCGUGGGGCUACUCUACCACUCGGUGCACCGGUUCUACCGACGCAUCGCUCCCUCCCAAACCAGGGUGUCGGGCGCUCUCCAGGAGGACACCCACCGACUGGAGGUGGUGAGUCGCAUCAUCUCCCUCAAGACCCAGCCGCCCCCGCGCCUCUCCCCCUCGCUCUCCGGCUCCCCACUCGUCACCGUCGUGCUGCUGCACGAGCGCGAGAUGGACGCCUCUAACAGCUCGCUACGGGUGCAGCUGUGGUGCGCGUUCCUCGACUUCAGUUCGGAGCCCCAGGGCGUCUGGUCCAACGCCGGCUGCGCCAGGACCCAGGGCAACGGCUCCUUCUCCGUGUGCAAGUGCACGCACCUCACCAACUUCGCCAUCCUCAUGCAGGUCACGCCGCUCCAGCUGUCGGAGCACCACCAGCGAGCCCUCUCCACCAUCAGCUACAUAGGCUGCGCCAUCUCGAUCACCUGCCUGUGCAUCACCCUCAUCACCUUCGCCAUCCUCUCGUCAGUGAGCACCAUCAGAAACCAGCGUUACCUCAUCCACGCCAACCUGUCGCUCGCCAUUCUGCUGGCGCAGGUCUUCCUGCUCAUCAGCGGCCACUUUUCUCCCGGCACCUUGGGCUGCAAGGUGCUGUCGGUGCUGCUGCACUUCCUCUACCUGAGUGCGUUUGCGUGGAUGCUGGUGGAGGGACUGCACCUGUACAGCAUGGUCGUCAAGGUGUUCGGCUCUGAGGACAGCAGCCAGGCUCUCUACUACGGCAUCGGUUGGGGAGCCCCUCUCAUUAUCAGCAUCGUCUCCGUGUCGUCGGCGCUGGGCAGCUACGGCGAGGAGAGCAACUGCUGGUUAUCCAUCACGGGCGGCGCCAUCUGGGCCUUCGUGGCGCCCGCGCUGUGCGUGAUCGCGGUGAACAUCGUGAUCCUGGUGACGGUGACGCGAAUCAUCACUCGCAUCAGUGCCGAGAAUUACAGGAUGCACGGCGACCUCAACUCCUUCAGGCUCACGGUGAAGGCUGUCGCGGUGCUGCUGCCCAUCCUCGGCAUCUCGUGGCUCUUCGGCGUGCUCGCCGUCAACGAGAGCACCGUCCUCUUCCAGUACCUCUUCGCCAUCUUCAACUCGCUGCAGGGUGGAUUCAUCUUCCUCUUCCACUGCCUGCUCAACUCCGAGGUGCGAGCGGCCUUCAAGCACAAGACCAAGGUGUGGACGCUGAACAGCAGCACGGCGAGGCCGAUCCGGCCCCUCAACUCCGACGUGGUGAGUGCGGCGCCGUCGCAGCGCCGUAGCACCUGAAGCCUUUCCCUUUACUCGCACACGGUUUGGAACAUUGCCACCGUUCAGUUGCUUUGCAACAUUUUGUUGUAGUAGUGCGAUAAAUCUUCGACUAUCUUCAGCAGCCAGAAGAUUAGACGUGUACAUGUUAGUCGGUCUCUUUUCACACAAGGGUGAUAGUUUAUCCGGUUUCUCUUGAUUGAAAACACCAAUAUGUUGUCUUGAAAAAAUAAAUAAACUACGCUCUCAAACUUUCCAUGAAUGUUUAUUACUCUCAGUUUGUACACACGUAUUGCUCCGAGUUAUACAAUAACCGGUGAUAGUGCCAGAUUAUUAUCAGACAACAAACAGCACGCACGUGCUUUUUUUCUUGAAAUG